AUGAUGGCAGGACUGCGAAGCAGACAUGCUUCAUCAACACCGAGAGAUCCACUAUUUGACUCAAUUGAGAUGCAACUUGACUUCGAACCGCGAAAAAAAACGAACUUCACCGGCUUGCGCAAACUGAACUGCGAUGGCACGAGUUUCUUCCCCGUGUCCUCUUCACGCCCGUUCAGCUAUGACAGUGCAAAUAUUUUCGAAGGCUCGCAUUUCGUGCAGCCGAUUGAAAUGCAGCGGAAGAGCAGAUGCUUAUGUCGUGUGGAUACGGUAGUGGGUGUUGUCCGUGAAAACAUACAGGAGAGCACAUUUUCUGAACUCGAGUGUUCUGCUGUGUACAUAGAAUGCCAUCCAUCCAAAAGUGCAAGGUAG